CUUCUCCAGCCAAGCAGCUCCAGCCUGAUCAGAGCCUGACCGAUCUCCGGCGACACUAGCUAGCCGUGGACAUGGCGUCGCCGAUGAUCACCCUCGCCCCGCAGUCACAGUGCAACCAGUUCCGGGAGUACAGCCCCAGCCCCUGGGGUGACUUCUUCCUCAACCAUGCCACAUGCACUCCAUCACAGCUCUUGACAAUGAAGGAGAGGGCACAGGUAAAGGAGGAGAACGUGAGGAGGAUUAUACUGGAAAGCUUUGCCUCCUCCGACCUGGCUCAGAAGCUGGAGCUCGUUGACACUCUACAAAGGAUAGGGGUGGACUACCACUACAAGAAGGAGAUCAAUGACCUACUUUAUUCUAUCUACAAUGACGAGGAUGGAGGUUCUGAUGACCUCUAUGUCACCUCAUUGAGGUUCUAUUUGCUUAGGAAGCAUGGAUACACCGUCUCUGCAGACGUGUUUGAGAAGUUUAGGGACAAGCAAGGGAACAUUUCAAGUGACGAUGUCAGCUGCUUGCUAAUGUUGUAUGAUGCUGCACAUGUGAGAACUCAUGGGGAGGAGAUACUCGACGACAUGAUCACUUUCAACAAGAGCCGCCUCCAAUCUUUGACGAUGAAAAAUUUGGAGCCAGAGCUGGCAGAGGAAGUGCGAUGCACAUUGGAGACACCACGGUUCAGGCGGGUCGAGAGGGUGGAGGCAAGGCUCUACAUCUCAGUGUACGAGAAGAAGGCUGUGCAUGAUGGGACUAUACUGGAGUUUGCAAAGCUGGACUACAACAUCUUGCAGGCUAUCUACUGUGAUGAGCUGAAAGAACUUACAAUAUGGUGGAAGGAUUUACACUCAAAGACAGACCUUAGCUUCGCACGAGACAGAAUGGUGGAGAUACAUUUUUGGAUUCUCGGAACAAUUUAUGAGCCCUAUUACUCAUAUUCGCGGAUAGUGGUGACAAAGUUCACCCUGUUAGCGUCAUUGCUUGAUGACCUUUAUGACAACUAUUGUUGCACCACAGAGGAGAGUACUAUCUUCAACACAGCCAUAGAAAGGUGGGAUGAACAAACCACAGAGGAGUUCCCAGCACAUCUGAAGCCACUCCUCAUCGGCAUACUUGACACUACAAAUAAGAUUGAGGAGGAGUUAAAACUUCAGAAAAACAGGCAUGCUGAAGUUGUCAAAAAACUAGUGAUCUGCACUGCCAAAUUCUACCAUGCUGAGGUGAAUUGGCGCGAUGAACACUAUGUACCAGCUACUGUUGAUGAGCACCUCGAAAAAUCCUUGCGUAGUAGUGUCUGUAUGCAAAUAAUAAUUGGUGUGCUCAUUUCACUAAGAGAUUGUCGGGAGGAUGAUGUUAAUUGGGCAUUCACCUUUCCCAAACUUAUCAGAGGUGUUUCUGUUGUGGGGCGCGUUGGAAAUGACAUCGUGUCAGAUGAGCGGGAACAAGCUUCGGAGCAUGUGGUAUCCACGGUGCAAACUUGCAUGAAGCAAUAUGGGAUAACAGCAGAGCAAGCCAACGAAAAGCUUAGAGUCAUAAUCGAAGAAGCAUGGAUGGACAUCGUCCAGGAAUACCUCGACCAGAAGCGACCUAGGGAGUUUCUUGAGAAGUCGGUCGAUGUUGCACGAACAAUGGAUUUCUUUUACAAGCGUGAUGAUGCGUACACCUUGCCGCUCAGCAUCAAGGACACUAUAACUUUGAUGUAUGUGAAUCCGUGUGAGCUGUAGCUAUGGUAUAUAUGGUUUAUACUUUGGUACAGCUUGAUGAUCCAGCGUCAAGUAGUGUCGGCAUACUGCAUGCCAACCAGCUAAGAUAAGAUACGGUGUACAUUACAUGGCUGUCAUGAUCCUUAAACUUGUAACUUUGGGUUGUUUAAUUUUAUCUACGCUCGUGUUAGCUACUCCCAUCAUCA